AAUGAUGCUUCGCACACAGGCAGGAAGUCAAGCAAUAAAGCCAAUCAGAAUUACGUUUUUUUUUCAUGCAAAAAAAACUGUUUUACAUGAUCUCAUGUGCGGCUGCCACAUUUCAUUUGCCUGCUGUGUAAUCUUGCCAACUUUGCCCAGUUUAAGAUAUGGCAUCUGAAUGCUGUGUCAGUGUCACCAAAUACUUCCUCUUUCUCUUCAACUUGGUUUUCUUUCUCUUAGGAUCCCUCCUCUUGUCUUCUGGACUAUGGAUGCUUUUAUCAGAUACCAGCGAAAUAAAAACUUUCAUAGAUCCAUUUCGUCCAUAUAUCUCCAUUUCUCUUCUUUCCUACCUGCUGAUCAUCAGUGGCUCUGUGACCAUGUCAUUGGGCUUUUUUGGAUGUCUGGGUUCUCUGAAGACUGUCAAAUUCCUGCUGGCAAUUUAUUUCAUCCUGUUGACGGUUCUGCUCGCGGCUCAGAUAGUGGGUGGUGUUCUUUUCUACACCAUGAAGACUGAGCUGUCAAAGUCACUGGGGAAAGAAACGGAUCUAAUACAGUCAUUUGGUAGGAAUGAUUCCAGUUUUAAAAAGACCAUGGAUUACAUUCAGAGGCAGGAAGAAUGCUGUGGUUGGAAUGGAAAAGAAGACUGGGGAGACUCUAUACCCUGUUCCUGCUAUCAUAAAGCAAAUGAAACCAAAGAAUUAUGUGACAAUUGUUCCCCAGAUUUUUUUUCCCCAGUAUUAUCCUGCAAGAUUUAUGAUGAGGGUUGCAAGGACAAAGUAGAGAACUGGCUGGGAUCUAAUCUUCAUUUCAUUUUAUGGGUUAUUUUGGCCAUUUCUGUGGUGGAGAUAUGUGGUAUGAUCCUUUCGAUGUCUCUGUAUAAAGGAGGUUCGGUGGAUUACAGAAACAUCUUACUCUAAGAAGAGCAGGAUCUAUGAGGAGGAAAAGUCAAGUAUUAAUGUUCAGUCUUUCUCAAAUUUGGUCUUUGUUUAUUUUUUGUUGUGUUUUUAAUGAGGAUUUUUUUCUGUAAAGUAUUUGAUUGGUUAAUGUGGAUUUUUCUUAAUCUUUCCUUGUAAUUCAGGCUUUUACUUGAGUAAAAUCAGUUCAACCCGUU